AUGUCCUACACAGCCGCACAAGCAGACGCUGCCUGGCGACAGCGCAUCACACUUGUAGUUGAAGAUGCCACCACCCAACAGACACACAAGGCCGAAUUCGUGCCCGUCGACAUGGUACGCAAUGGCGUCACCUACAUCAUCCUCUACUCCAUGUUUGCAACCCUCCUCUUCGUCCUUCUUUGCGCCGUCCUCUUCAAGAACGGUCUCAGUCCGCAGAAACGUCGCUUGCCCUUUGUUUGGGUCCUCGGUGUCGCCAUGCUCGGCGGUCUUCUCGGCUCAACGCUCAACACCGUCUUCUGGGCCUAUCAGCUCUUCGGCAACGUCUCCGAGAACACCAUGUUUCGCCUCUGGAUGUCUUCCACCGCUCUGCUCUACCUGGUGCCUCUCGUCGUUCACUUCGCCAUUCAGCUCCGCCUACUCUCCUUCUAUCCCUCUACACUCGCUAGCAGGAAGAAGCGCAUCGCCAUUAGCAUCUUGCCGUCCCUCAUGAAGAUCGCUCGAAUCACCACCAUCAGUAUCACCCUGCACAACUCAGCCGCCGCAUACCGACGCUUCGGGUUCGGCCUCGCUGUCACCGGCUCUGCCAACGACACCAGCAACCUCUUCUCCCUCAUCUUUCAGCUCGUCGACACCGUCUACGCCUCGGCGUUCCUGCUCUGGCGCUAUUGGCAUCUCGGUCGCCGUGACAAUGAGCUCAUGCAGAAGAAGUCGAGUCCUGUUGCGCGCUGGUCCAAGCAGCUCCUCUUUGCCAUUGCCUUUGGCUAUGUGCUGCCCACCAUCUACGCUCUAGCGCUCGUCAUCGCCAAGGCCCUGGAUCUGUCCGCCAACGACAUGGGCUUCAUGCUCGUUGCCAACGUCUACGUUCAAGCCUUCGGUGCCGUUCUCGCCUCCUUGUCGAGCGCCUACAAGUGGAGAGACGAGCGCUACACCGACGAGCUUGCUCCCGACAAUGCGGUGCUCCCCGGCAUGCGGAAUGCGAGCGACCCAUUCGCCACAGGCUCUACGCCGACGCGCGACACUCGCCACUUGCCUGCUCUCGAAUCCGUCAUGUCCGAGACAGGCACGUCCUCUCGACCUGCCUUUUUCGGCUCGCGCUUCGCAUCUCGCGAUGCCAGGCGGCAUCCUGCGAGCGGCCUCACGUCUCCUGCUUCCGAGCUGAGCGCGAGUGGUGUUCCGACCAUUGUCACAGAUGGCAUCGGGAUUACCGGGGCCAAUGGCAUGCAAUCCGGAGACGUCUCGCCCAAAUCCUCGGCACUCUGUCACGGCGCCAGCCAGAACGACUACAGUACCGAUGCGAAACGAGGCGCUCUGCAGUAUCUCAACCAUCUUCCGACAACAGGAGAAGAUCCCACGGCGGACCAUCUGCCUGAUGCCUACCCUUUGCCGCAGAACGAGUCCCGUCGCUCCUCGGACGCCACCCUCUUUGCUCCUUCGAGCAGUGUCGACAAGCUCGACAAAUCUGCUGGAAGGGCGAAUCUCCUUGGCCUCGAGGGCAACGCGGACUCUCUCGCGCAGAGUCGUCCUGGAAGCCGACCAGGUACCGGUGGCUCGGGACGCAUCCAACGCCACGGCUCUGGUCUGUCGGUGCCUAGAGACGGCAGCCUGCGCGAGGAGGAAGAGACCGCGUCAUCGAAUGCGCACCACGCAUGA